GGAGCUGUCCCGGGUUCUGAAACGCCACAAACCCUUGCUCUAGCUGCGAGCAGGAGAGAGAUGCUAUACAAACUCACGAUUCUCGUCUGAGCUGCUCGCACGGGUGAUACGAUGCUGUCCGUUCAUCAGCUCUCCUUGACGGGCGCGGCGUUCCUGCUCGCCACCUUCCUUCACACAUGGGGCGCGCAGAGCGCUUCGUUGCGGCAGCACAGGCUGCGGAGCGGGGACGCUGACGGCAGAGCCCUGAGCCCCGUAUUCGCGCCAAACUACGACAUGGUGAAAGCCCUGGAGUACAUCGAGAGCCUCCGGCAGCAGACGGGCAGGGAAGAGGAGCUCGCGCGGGACUACGGCGACGACGCCGACGACGCGGACAGGUCCCCGUACCCGCCGCGGCUGGCGCAGGAGCGCGGCGACGCGGCGGACUGGCAGGACCACAAGACGCAGCAGUGGCUGAAAGCGCUGCUCAGGAACCUCCAGAAGCAGGCCGGGAGCGAGCCCGCGGGGCAGCCGGCGGCGUCAAGCCCCCGCUACGCCCAGAAGAGCCGGCAGUACGCCGCCGCCGAGCAGGAAGACAGCCCGGCCGCCAGCGAGAUAAUCGACUACGGGGGCAACCCAAAGCCGCACAAGAAAUACCCGCUGAUGUUCGAGGACGAGACCUCCCAGGAGAGUCCGUACAAGCGCGCCAACGAGCACGCGGAGGAACAGUACACGCCCCAGGGCCUGGCCACGCUGCAGUCCGUGUUCGAGGAGCUGGGGAAACUGUCCGCCACCAAGAACCAGAAGCGGCAGAACCUGGACGAGGAGGGGCAGAAGUUCUACCGGGGAGGAGACGACGACGACGACGACGACCUGUACCGGCUCAGAAGUUUAGCGUACGAGGACGUGGCGGGCGGAGAGGACUGGGCCCCGGUGGAGGAAAACGUGGAGACGGAGGAGGAGGUCAAGGACAGCCAGGAGCUGUUUGACAGGGGCCUGGACGACGACGGCCUCAAGAGGUCCGCCUCGCCGAUGUACGCCGACAAAGACGACCAGGACGACAUCAACAGACUGGUGGAUUACUACCUGCUGAAGAUCCUGGAGAAGACGGAGAGGACGGAGGAGAAGAGGGGUCGGGAGCCGGAGAGGAGGGCGGAGAAGGGGCUGCAGAGACCGGCCUACAGCGUGGACCCCGUGGCCUUCUACCAGCUCAUGGAGAUCUCCAGAAAACUGCAAAUCCCCCCGGAAGACCUCGUAGAGAUGGUGAGAAACGGAGAGAUCAAAAAGCAAGACCAAAGGCAGGACGCCGAGGAGGAGCCCGAGGGCGCAGACGAUCUGGCCACUGAGGACGCCGCAGCCUUUUACGAUAAAGACGUCAGGCCCGCCGCCAAACUCUACGACAGGCUGGCGAACGACAUUCCCGACGACCUCAACACGGAGGACAUUUUGAAUAUACUCGGACUGGAAAGCGCGAACAGUCAGAACGCCAAGUACUUUCUGAAGCAGAGCCCGCCCAAAAACACGCCCGCGAGACACCCCGCCGCAAGUGGCAGGCGAGGAAACUACUUUCAGGCCAAACCAAAAGUGCUCGAUAAAAGGGGGGACGACUACGACGACACCGUCGACGAGGACGAGCUGGCGACUUUUCUCGCAGCUAAGAUGUUAGCCCAAUACCCAGAAGUCACGAGUAAAGCGGAACAGAGGCGCUCCGCCCAACGUAACGCGCAAGAACCCUUCGCGUACGGAAUACCCGAGCAGGUAAUUAAGGACUACAUAGAUCAGUUGGACAGCGAAAAGACGUCGGCGGUUAAAAGACAGGCGGAGACAGAAGUCGACGACUCAACGCAAACGCAGCGGUCGGAUGACGUUACCCUGCCGGACACCACAACAGUCCAGAAGCCAGAGGCGGAGAGAAACGACGAGAAGGAAAUGAACGGAAAAACACUGGGAGGGAUGUAGAAUAUGGGAGAAAAAGACGUACGGUUUAAAGAAAAACAUAGUCUAAUUUUUUGAAGAAAAAGUGCUUUAAUCUGUUCGUGUAAUUUGUAUAUAAGAACAGUCUAAAUCAAUGUAGUAAGGAGAAAAUACUCUAUUUCUCGUGGUUUAUGGAAUCGUGGUAUAUCAUGUUUUAAUCGUUAUAAUUGGCUUCGGGGGGGGAAAAAAACGCCCUAAAUUAAAAAUAUGACAGGUGUCCGCCUGCCACAAACCUUAACGCACGGAGAUAGGUCAGUGUUUAAUACUUACGUUCCAGUUGUGUUUUUCUUAAAAUCGUAUUUCCUACGUGUUCCAUAACGUGUAAAGUAUCUCACAAUAAAGCAUUUACUGGUAUUAUUUUU